GGCGGAGCGCAGCCGGCGACGCGGAGCCGCACCUGGUCUGGGCGGCGCGGGGCCGCGGCCCGGACAGCGGAAGCCAGUGGCCCGGCGGCGGGGCUGCGCGCGGGCGCGGGGAGCGCGGGGCUGCGCUCGCGUGCGCUCCUGGGCGUUCGCCGCCGCUGCCGCGCCUUUGAGUCAGCAAACUCCGCUGCGCGCCGGCCUCCCCGCGCGGCCGCCUGGAGCCGCCGCGGGUGGCAUUUUGAUGAGAAGUCAUGGUGGUAGUACUUCUGCAAAGUCCUCUUACCAGAUCCAUCCUGUUAUGCUGAAGAUGCUUCCAGAAGAACAGAAAGAGGAGUUCGUGAGUGUCUGGGUGCGGGAUCCUCGGAUUCAGAAGGAGGACUUCUGGCAUUCCUACAUCGACUAUGAAAUCUGUAUUCAUACCAAUAGCAUGUGUUUUACAAUGAAGACGUCCUGUGUACGAAGGAGAUACAGAGAAUUUGUGUGGCUGAGGCAGAGACUCCAGAGUAAUGCAUUGCUGGUACAACUGCCAGAGCUUCCGUCUAAAAACCUGUUUUUCAACAUGAACAAUCGCCAGCAUGUGGACCAGCGGCGUCAGGGUCUGGAAGAUUUCCUCAGAAAGGUCCUACACAACGCGCUCCUGCUUUCAGACAGCAGCCUGCACCUCUUCUUGCAAAGCCAUCUGAACGCAGAAGACAUCGAGGCGUGCGUUUCUGGGCAGACUAAGUACUCGGUAGAGGAAGCCAUUCACAAGUUCGCCUUGAUGAACAGACGCUUCCCUGAAGAAGAUGAAGCCGGAGAACAAGAAAACAACAUAGAUUAUGGUUCAGAAAGUUCAUCCUCCGGGUUUGGCCACAGCAGCGAUGACAGCAGUUCACAUGGGUGUAAAAUGAGCACGGCUCUGCAGGAAUCCUGAAAAAGAAUUCUAACAUGACCAUCUUAGGAACAGCAAAUUAUGUCCAGUCAUAGAGGAGAAAGCCCGCUCAUGAUCUAUUUUUACCUAAAGCUCACUGUCAUGAUAGUAGGCACUUAAAUUCUUCAAGACGUUGGGUUGUUUACUCAUGCUGUUUUCAUGUUGUCUUACUUUGGCUAAGCUUCCGUAAAAAGCUAAAGGCCUGUGAUUGCAACUCUCUCCUAUACAGGCCAACAUUAUUGGUAAAACAAGAUCCUGCUCCCAAAUGACAUGGUGUAUGUGUUUCAUUAAACAACAACCUGGUUGCUUUUACUGAAUUUGAAAAUACAGGUAAAUAGUUAGCAUUUGAAAUCCAGACAGUGGAUUCCUUUUUGAAUCAACGGGGCAGUGUUAGCGUAAACACAGCAUGUAUGAGCUUAACCACUCUGAAGACUGACAACCUAGACCAGACGGCCUCGCUCAGACAUGGGGCUGAUAUUUUGUGGGUACCUCCCCCGCACCGGGAAGACACUUUGCUUUUGGGUAUUCGGACUCUUUGAAGAGAGUUUAACCUUGCCAGUAUUCUGUUUCACACUUAGAUGGGAAAAGUAUCUUGGGAACAGAGACAUGCUAAAAUAAUGUUUACAUCCCAGACAAAACAGAAACCGUGCCAGUGUCUUUGCUUAGACUUGCAAUAUGUAGAUUAAGAAAUACAGUCUCAUUGUCCAAAAAUCAGCUUUAACACAUGGUUUCUGGAGACAAAUCAUUUGUUUUCAUUAUCUUUGUGAAAUUGGAAUUACAGGUUAAUGAUUUAUUUUCUGACUAAAUGUGCAGUUUCCUAUCCGUAGAUAACUUUGUCAGUGGUGGUGACUUGUUACUGAUCUUUAAGUUAGAAGUAGGCUCUUAUAAAAGUAAAUUUAGUGUUAUCUGUAAGUAUUCCCAUAAUUGAGAAAAGGAUAUAAAAAUUAAUUAUUCAUUU